CCGCGUUCAGUCCGGCAGCGCAGCGGGAGGGAAGCACGAGGCCGAAGUCGGCUGCUAGGCUCCGCAGCGCAAACAGCGCAGCGCGGCGCCCGGGCCCCGGCCCCAUGCCCGCAGCCCCGCCGGACCGCCCUUGAGCGCGGGCAUUACGCCCGCGCCCCCUACCCGCCGGCACCAUUGCCCCGACGGCGCGGCCGGGUGGCCCGGCUCUCCCCAGGCUCCGCGCCGGCCGGAAAACGCUGCUGGCAGCCGCCGCGGGCGUGGUGAUGCUGCUCGUGCUGGUGGUGCUCAUCCCGGUGUUGGUGAGCUCGGGCGGCCCGGACGGCCACUAUGAGAUGCUGGGCACCUGCCGCAUGGUGUGCGACCCCUACCCCGCGCGGGGCCCCGGCGCCGGCGCGCGGUCCGACGGCGGCGACGCUCUAAGCGAGCAGAGCGGUGCGCCCCCGCCUUCCACGCUGGUGCAGGGCCCCCAGGGGAAGCCGGGCCGCACCGGCAAGCCGGGCCCCCCCGGGCCUCCAGGGGACCGGGGCCCUCCGGGUCCUGUGGGACCGCCGGGGGAAAAGGGUGAGCCAGGCAAGCCUGGUCCUCCUGGCCUGCCGGGUUCAGGAGGCAGCGGCGCCAUCAGCACGGCCACCUAUACCACGGUGCCACGCGUGGCCUUCUAUGCCGGCCUCAAGAACCCUCAUGAGGGUUACGAGGUGCUCAAGUUUGACGACGUGGUCACCAACCUAGGCAACAACUACGAUGCGGCCAGCGGCAAGUUUACAUGCAACAUUCCUGGCACCUACUUUUUCACCUACCACGUUCUCAUGCGCGGCGGCGACGGCACCAGUAUGUGGGCGGACCUCUGCAAGAACGGCCAGGAAGCACAAGGCAGCCCUCUAUGCAAGGAAAGGACUUCCAAGCUGGGCCACCCUGGAGGCACUGAGGUGGGCAGCAGGCAGAUGGUGCGGGCCAGCGCCAUCGCCCAGGAUGCAGACCAGAACUACGACUAUGCCAGCAACAGCGUGAUCCUGCACCUGGACGCAGGCGAUGAGGUCUUCAUCAAGCUGGACGGAGGCAAAGCGCACGGUGGCAACAGCAACAAAUACAGCACUUUCUCUGGCUUCAUCAUCUAUUCAGACUGAGCCCCUGCACCCCUUUCCAUCCGUUGCUCUUCAUCCCUGGGGCUCCCCUCUCCGGAGAGGCAAAUGAGAACCCAUUCCCUACUCAUUUUCAAAUUGCCUGGCCCAGACUGCCAACCCUCCCAGGCUGAAUCGCCCCCAGCCCGCCUCCAACCACCCAGUCCAGGCCUUUACUCCUUGGAGCGCUUAAUCCCCUCUCCGGCUCCCCCCCCCCCCACCCGCACGCAGUUCCGGCCCGGGUGGCAGGUCGCCUUCCUGGUCCCAGCCUGCACUGUAUAUGUGUACAAUAGGACUGUUUACUGCCCACCCCGUCCUGCCAGCCAGCCCCAGUCUGGGGGGCGGGGAGUUGGCGCUGUUGCUUCCUGCGGAGUGACCCCGCCUCGGGAAGAAGCGGGUUAGGGGCUGGAUAACUUCCCAGCACCCACAAAACCCUGGAACAGCUGCAACUGGUCUGACCAAAGCUAUAAUAAAA